AGCGACAGGAUGAAGGCGAAGGCCACCGUGCCGGUGUUCCAACCUGAGCCUGCCAAGAAGCUCGCUCAGAAGAAAGCCAGGAAGAGGUCCAAGAAGAGCAAAGCACAGGGAGGAAGUGUGGCCCCGGGAAGCCUCCUGGACGCUGUCUCAGGCCGACUGCCAAAGGCCCCAGAGAACUUUUCUCAAAACUGGAAGACGCUCCUAGAGCUGCUGAAACAGAAGUCACAAGCCCCAGAAAAACUAUUUGUCUCUCAGAUGGAUGGCAACAGGCAUCCCCAAAUAAUCCAGCAGAACAAAAAAGAGACCUCAGAUAAAUCAAAGGGAGAUGGGAAGAGGACAGAAAAAGACCAGACCAUCCGGGGUUCUGUUAUGGCUCUGCCUAAGAAGGACAGGAAGAGACCUGGACCUCCCACAAAUUCCUCUGGAACAGAACAGAAGAAUGGUGCCAAGAAGAGGACAUACAGUGACAUCUCUUCUCAUCAGGGGGACAUCAAGCAUAAGUGGAAAGCUAAGGAGGCAGCUGUUGUCUUGAAUCAGUCCUCACCUACUGAGGAAGACAUUUGGUUUGAUGAUGUGGAUCCAGAUGAUAUUGAGGCUGCCAUAGGCCCAGAGGCAGCCAUGCUGGUACGGAAGCGGCAAGGUCAGAAGAGCAAGAAAGCCAUCUCCCUGGAGAAGGAACAGGCCUUUAGCGGCCUGACAAAAGCCUUGGCCCUGGAUUGUGAGAUGGUAGGCGUGGGUCCCAAUGGGGAAGAGAGCAUCUCAGCCUGUGUGUCCAUCGUGAACCAGUAUGGGAAAUGUAUUUAUGACAAGUACAUCAAGCCAACUGAGCCGGUGACAGACUACAGGACAGCAGUCAGUGAUGAGAACCUGAAGCAGGGAGAAGAAUUUGAAGUGGUGAAGAAGGAAGUGGCAGAAAUGUUGAAGGGCAGAAUCCUGGUUGGACAUGCGCUGCACAAUGAUUUAAAGGUUCUGUUCCUUGAUCAUCCAAAGAAGAAAAUCAGGGACACCCAGAAAUUCAAACCUUUCAGGAGUCAAGUAAGGAGUGGAAGGCCAUCUCUGAAACAACUUUCUGAGAAAAUUCUGGGGAUCAGGGUCCAGCAGGCAGAGCAUUGUUCGGUCCAGGAUGCCCAGGCAGUGAUGAGGCUUUACAUCAUGGCAAAACCGGAGUGGGAGAGCAUUACUGCAGACCAGCGCCCCCAAGCCGCCGCCACCCCAAACUGCUGCAGCCAGUACGCUUAG